AUGGCAAGAAAGAAUAAUCGAAAAUCGAGGCGGUCUGCCAAGUCCAAGCCGUCAGAGCGUAUCUUCUGGAGCAACGCCGAUCGACUUCAACUUCUAGCGUACCUGAACUGGUGCGUACAAUAUUGUGUAAAAUUCGAAGUCACAGCUCCGGGUCACCUCGAAAAGGCGACGGGGAAACAGUUCUCGAAAGAGCGCAUCCGAAGGAAGCUUUACGAUGAAUGGCGAGACUACGGGACAUGUGCCAAAUUCAAUAAUCUAUUUGAGCUAGGUACAGCUGGUCUCGAGCCUCUUGUAGGCAAGGAGCAGGAAGACUUCCACAAAAUGAUCACCAGCAUGAGCCCUGCCCAAGAAACGCGUUGCACAAGAAGUAAAUCUUUGGGUCUUACUACGCGGUCAGGUACUCUAUCAGCGCCUCGUUCGAUUUAUUCAUUCAGCAGCUCCAAAGAACCUGAUGAAUUACCUGCUCCGCAGGCUGGCAACUUAAGCGCUGUCCCAGAACGUCUGAGACAAAAGACCAAGGCAAAUAUCUCUUUGGGGCUAACGAAACUGGCCCUCAACGACGAUCUUAGCGAAGAUGAGCUCACAGAGGACCAUAACAUGGAUAGGGUGAAAGGCGAAGACGAAUCCGAGCUAAGCACAAUUGCUUCGCUGGAAGUCUCAGAUAUAGAGCCUGAGCUCAGCCCUGCUCUUCCUGACUCCCAGGAGGAUACCAUGACCUUUUCCUUCCAAGAACGGCUUGACUCGUCCCUGGAGAAAAGACUAAGGCAGACAGAAGCAGAUCUCCUCAAGCAGACGAGCUAUUCCCUCACUUUGGAAAAUCGAAUAUCCGAGCUUAAACGAAGAAAUUCCGAUUUGGAACAUUCCAUUAGCCUUUCUGGCUCAGCCCAGGGUAGUUAUGGGGAGGAAACACGGCUUCGAGAUGUCAUAUCUAGUUUGAAAGAUAAGCUUGACCGAGAAAGACUUCUUACGAUGAACCUCCAGCAACUGGAAGCAGACAGGCUCGGAUUUCUCAACACCUCUCUCGGGCUUGAGUACGAGAAACUCCACUCAAACAGCUGCGAUACAUCUUCAACGAUUUGUCAUAUGAGUUUAGACGAUACCCUCCCUGAACAGAGAACAGGAUUUUCCCACUUAGCAAACAAUUGGGCUAGACGCAUAGGCGGGCGCGAUCUCGGCUCUCUUCUCGGCCACUGUGAGUCAGCACAGAUCCCGAAGAAAGUCAUUUUGGCCUCUCUGCUGGCGGCGGGUAUCUUCGAACUGGUUCUCGAAGAGGUGUUUCCAGCCUUCCUGGCUGCUGACUCACCACUGUUGGAUCAGUACAGAAAGCAUAUUGAAACUCAAAGUAAGCAGGCUCGUCCUCCCUAUACUCAACAUUGCUUGUUUCCUAGAGCUAAGAUAACACGACCAGGUGGAUGGAACGCACUCCAACGACUUGAUUUUAUCUCCAUAAAGUCCCUUGUAUCAGACAAGCACGUUAAGGAGGGGAUUAUUUCAGAAAAGUCCAAAUGGCUUUCUAACUUGAUGCUGCAAAAUCUAAGCUACUUUUUGCCCCUGGAAAGUCGGGAUAUAACCCAACGUUUACCUCGUAACGAACUAGAAGCGGAGAUUAUUAGCGACAUGAGAAGUACUUUGCAUCAUGCGUUGAAAGUCAAGAUUGAGCUCACGCUGUCUGUAAAGCGGCUCAAAUACCUCUUCUUUAAGCCCGGCACACUAUUCGACUCGGAGAAAAUGGAACUUGUCAAAUCUCAAGCUGGAGACUCUGCACUUUUGAGUGGAAAGGUGAGGAUCUGUUUAUUACCCGCUCUUUUCACCAUAUCAGACGCAGACAACAAGGGUGGAGUUGGAGAGGAGCCAAGUCUCAUGGCGAACCACAGUAAAGCUUUAACAGAAGUAAUGGACAAGGACGAUACGUUUCUGGUUCUCGUGGAAAAAGCAGUUGUAUUCCUUUAG